AUGACGAAGAAAGAUCUACGCAUCCUGGUGAAGCAGGAACGUACGUUGCGACACUCGUUGGAAAACUUCAAACAGUUUAUUGCCAACUACCAAGACGACCGUGAUCGCAGCUCCCUAGAAAUGCGGAUGACGAAACUGGAUGAUAUCUAUGAGAAGUUCUUGGAUGUUAGACUGCAGAUCGAAGUGAUUACCGAUGACCAAGAGGAAGACCACUUCACGGAGACCGUGGAAACAGAAGAAGAACAAAAAGCUCUGCGGAUAUCCUCGAUCGAACAACGAGAGCAGGAGAACGCAAAAUUAAUCCUGGAGUUCGAGAAUGAAUACUACCAAGUGAAGCAGUCGAUGUUGGCGUUUUCCAUUCCAGCUGGAACAAGCAAAGCUUCAGUCGUACCUUCGAAUCGUGCUUCGGCUGGCUCCGACAUGCAGCUGAGAGUCAAAUUGCCCGAGCUCAAAUUACCUUCAUUUAGCGGAAAGCUGCGAGAGUGGAUCACAUUCCGAGAUUCAUUCAUCAGCAUGAUCCAUGGCAACGAACAUCUACCUCCCAUUGAUAAGUUCACUUACUUACGCUCUUCGUUAGCUGGUGAUGCGCUUAGGGAAAUCGCGUCAAUUGAAUUGGCAGCAGCAAACUAUCCUAUUGCUUGGAAAACGUUGCAUGAUACUUAUGACAAUAAGAAGUUGAUUGCUAAAUCAUACAUCGACGCAUUGUUUGCUGUGAAGCCCAUGGACAAGGAAUCCUAUGAGCAACUGAAUCGUGUGGUAGGCGAGUUCGAAACCAACUUAAUGAUGUUGGAUAAGCUUGGCGAAAAUACGGAAGGGAUGAGUACCAUUCUGCAGCACAUGGUGUGCCAACGACUGGAUUCAAACACCUUGAGAAACUGGGAAAAUCACUACCACUCAACUCAGAUUCCACGGUACAAGGAUCUUAUCAGUUAUCUUAAGGAACAAUGUCUGGUUCUGCGAAGCAUCAGUUCGAGUCGUUCAAGUCAAGGAGAAUCUAAGAAGCAAUUUCGUUCAACGGUCCUGAGUCACUCGGGAAUUCAACAAGUUGCAGUUUGUCCGUUUUGCGGCGAACAAGCACAUUCUGCUUUCAAGUGCAGCAGAUUUUGCAAGAUGAAGAUUUCGGAGCGAGCGGAGGAGGCAAAACGGAAAUCUCUGUGCCUAAACUGCCUAUCACCUGGUCAUAUAGCAAGAUUCUGUACUAAAGGAUCUUGUCACACCUGUGGAAGAAACCAUCACACUCUUCUGCAUUCUGUACCCCCUUCAGUGUCACAGUCAAGACCAGCGCAACAGUCAAGCUCGCAGACAGGUAAGAAAACGCAAGCACCUAAUUCGUCACCACCACAAAACUCAUCGAAACCCCAAGCUAACAACUCAAUAUCACCUCAGCAAAUGAAUGCUUCAAACGAGGCCGCCACUAGCCAGACACGAACAACAUUCGCAAGUACUAGCCAACCACAUACCACUGACCACUCUUCUACUAGCUACAAUACAGUCCUCUCGUCCACUACACACACACUUCCAAACACUGUUAUUUUGUCGACGGCCUUGAUAAACAUAAGUGAUGGUCAUGGAAACACCACCAUAGCACGCGCUUUGUUAGAUUCAGGGUCACAACUGUGUUUCAUGUCCCAAAGACUGGCUCAAAAAUUGAAUUUCAAACGCCGUCGAGAAUGCCUACCUAUCAAAGGCAUCGGUCAGGCGGCCACUUGCUCCACGCAGUCCAUUACUGCUUGGAUUCAUUCUCGUGUGUCACACUAUACUGUGUUGAUGCAGUUUUAUGUCCUACCAAAAGUUACAGCGGAUUUACCGUUGAGCAAACUCGAUAUCAGCAAAUGGACCUUUCCCAAGGGAAUAAACCUCGCCGAUCCAGAGUACUACUAUCCCAGCACAGUCGAUAUCAUAAUUGGAGCGGAGAUAUUCUUCGAUCUGCUAGUAGAUGGGCAUUUCAAACUAGCAGAGGGUGGCCCAGUCCUGCAGAACACCCAACUAGGAUGGGUCGUUUCUGGAAAGGUCUCCGAAAGUUCCAGAACUACUACCUCGCUCACAGCUGUCGCAUGUACAGAAGAAAAAUUGGAUGAUUUGUUAACACGAUUUUGGGAGUUGGAAUCUUGUCGCACUACUAGCACAAUGUCGCUAGAGGAAUCGCAAUGUGAAAGAAUCUACAACGAAACAACCACGAGAGAUGUUUCAGGAAGGUUUGUGGUAACUCUUCCGAAAAAGCCUUUUCUAAUCGAUCGUCUAGGCGAAUCCCGAUCAAUUGCGCUUCGUCGCUUUACUGCACUAGAGCGACGGUUAGACGCAAAUGCAAAGUUGAAGGAGGAUUACAGCGGUUUCAUACACGAAUAUUUGGAAAUGGGGCACAUGAAGGAAAUCCAAGUAGAUCCUGACGUACCAGAGAUUGCACCGUAUCCGUACUAUUUGCCGCACCACGCCGUAGUUCGACCUGAAAGUACCACCACCAAACUUCGCGUCGUGUUCGACGCAUCUUGCGCAACAAUGUCUGGAGUGUCGCUGAACGAAGCUCUCAUGGUUGGUCCAGUAGUACAGGAGGAGCUUUUGUCAAUCGUCCUCCGUUUUCGCCUAUACAAGUUCGCCAUUGUGGCGGAUAUAGCCAAGAUGUACAGGAUGGUCAACAUCGCUUCAGAGGAUCAACAACUUCAACGAAUACUAUGGAGAGACUCCUCCUCCGAGGCGAUUAGAACCUUCGAAUUAAAUACCGUUACUUACGGAACGUCCUCAGCCCCAUACCUGGCAACCAAAUGCCUCCAGCGUUUGGCAGAAGAAGGAGCACAGCAGUAUCCUUUGGCUUCAAGCAUUCUGUCCAAAGACUUUUAUGUGGAUGACAUGCUCACGGGAGCCAAUAGCGUUGAGGAAGGUAUCAAGCUGUAUCAGGAGCUGAGUCAUCUAUUAGAAACAGCGAAAUUCACUUUAAGGAAAUGGAGUUCCAACAGUCCGGAAAUAUUAGCAGCUAUCCCAGAACCGUUGAAGGACGACCGCACAUCCUUGGAACUAGAGCCAUCAAAAGCAACCAUUAAAACCCUGGGACUCUCAUGGGAACCUCGAUCGGACUAUUUUCGGUUCACUGUUCCUCAGUGGAGCAACUCUACUGAGAUUAACAAGCGUAUCAUCUUGUCCGAUUUUGCUCGUCUAUUUGAUCCCCUUGGAUUAGUCGGACCAGUAGUUGUCCAAGCUAAGAUAUUUAUUCAAAAUCUCUGGAAACAGAAAUGUUCUUGGAAUGAAACUCUUGGCGAAGAUCUCCAGCAAUGGUGGAUGGACUUCAGACACAACUUAGCUGAUCUAUCAACCCUGAAGGUUCCACGGUGGCUCGCUUUCGAUAACAGUAUCGUUUCGUUGGAAAUCCAUGGAUUUUGUGACGCAUCCGAGAAGGCCUAUGGUGCGUGUAUUUAUCUUCGGUGCACUUCAUUCGAUGGCCAGGUUACGGUUAACUUAAUCACGGCCAAAUCUAGAGUGGCACCACUCGAUGAUGUGCAGCGGAAAAGGAAGAAAAUCAGCAUACCAAGGUUGGAGCUAUCAUCUGCAGUUCUCCUGAGCCAUGUCUACGAAAAGGUUGUCGACAGCUUACGGGUCAAGGCACAACCGUUCUUUUGGACAGACUCGACCAUUGUGAAGUGCUGGCUGUCUUCAACUCCUUCCCGCUGGCAGAUGUUUGUCGCUAAUAGGGUCUCAGAAGUUCAGCAUCUUACAAGAACAGGAACAUGGAACCACAUCUCCGGAUCUGAAAACCCUGCAGAUGUUAUAUCCAGGGGAAUGACACCAGAAAGGCUAGCAAAUCAUCACACCUGGUGGCACGGACCAGAAUGGUUAAGGAAUCCACGCAACUUUUGGCCAAAAGGAACUACGACGGAUGCAGAAGAGUUGGAUCAAUCGUUAUUGGAGAAAAAAUCGACUAUUGCCGUUCCCGUACAACUUCAAGUUCCCAACGAUAUCUUCAAACUGCGAUCAAGCUUUUUGGCACUUGUUCGGAUUGCGGCUUUAUGCCGAAGAUUCACCUACAACUGUAGCAACCCAGCAAGCAGAAGGAAAGGCUACCUAUCGUAUCAAGAACGUGAAGAAGCGACGCUGGCACUCGUACGCCUUGCUCAAAGCGACAGCUUCGCCGAAGAUAAGGAAGAAAUAUCAUCGAGGGGACAAGUUUCUCCGUCGUCCAGGUUGAAAUCUCUUCAUCCUGCCCUAGUAAAUGGAAUACUCGUCGUUGGUGGUCGGCUUGAAAAUGCGUCAGUCUCCAAGUAG